AUGAGCGACCCAACAAACCCACAUAUCAAAGAGCGCACUACACCUCAAUGGGGUCUUUACCAGCGAGAGAACUUUUGGAAACAAAAUGAAGGAACAACACCGUUAUUCAAUACUGACCCCCGAAAGAUGGAAGAAAGAGCGAAGGAGAAGCUGAGUGAGGGCGGCUGGUACUACGCCUCCUCAAAUGCAGGAAUGUCAAACACACACCUCGUAAACCGACAAGCCUUCUACCGGCACCGACUAAUCCCAAACCAACUAAUUGACACAAACAACCGCUCGACAAGAACAACAAUCUUCAACCACUCAGUAUCGGCCCCAAUCGGUUUCGCGCCAAUCGGAAUAAACAAAAUCUAUCACCCAUCCGGCGAGGCUGCAGUCUCAAAAGUCGCCAGCGAGCUCAACCUACCCUACUGCCUCUCAACAGCCGGCAGCACGUCGAUUGAAAAAGUCGCAUCAGCAAACGGGCCUGCCGGCACCCGUUUUUUCCAACUUUACAUGCCGCACGACGACGAGCUGACAGUAUCACUUCUAACGCGGGCAUCGGAAAACGGGUUCGAUGCGCUGAUUCUCACAACUGAUACGUGGCAGCUUGGAUGGCGACAUGACGACAUCGCGUCGUCGAAUUAUGCAUUCUACCGCGGAUUUGGGGCAGAUAUGGGACUUGAGGAUCCUGUUUUUCGGAGGAGAUGUGUAGCUGACGGGAUUGAUCCUGAGGUUGAUCUUGUUGCUGCGUCGACAAAGUGGAUUGAUUCUGUUUGGCACGGGCGGGCUUGGUCGUGGGAGAAAAUUCCUUGGUUGAUGGAGAUUUGGAGGAAGAUUAGUGGGGGACGGCCGUUUGUGAUCAAGGGAAUUCAGUCGGUUGGUGAUGCGAGGAGGUGUGUUGAGCUUGGGGUUGACGGGAUUGUCGUGAGUAACCAUGCUGGAAGGCAGGUUGAUGGGGCUGUUGCUAGCCUUGAUGCGCUUGAGAGGAUUGCGGAGGCUGUUGGGGAGAGGAUCUAUGUUAUGUUUGAUUCUGGGGUGAGGGGGGCUAGUGAUAUUGUUAAGGCGUUGGCGCUGGGGGCGCAGUUUGUGUUUAUCGGACGGCUUUGGAUUUGGGGGUUGAGUAUUCAAGGCGAGGAUGGGGUUAGACAUGUGAUGAAGUCGUUGCUGGCGGAUUUAGAUAUUUUGAUGGGCGUUGCUGGGUUCAAUGGAGUUGAGGACUUCACUCGGGACAUUCUUGAGUCGGACCCGAAAAGUUAUACGCUCAUACCUCAGAAGACUUUGUGA